AUGGUGAGAUCCUAUGUCCUCAAUAUUGAAUCAGUGCUGAUGAAGAUAAAGGCAAACGUUAUUCAAGACUUGACGUUCAAGCUCCUUGCUGCAACUUUAUCAACACACGAAAACCAUCAAGGCCAAACUUCAAGUAUCGAGCGAAACCCCGAGCAGACUUCUAGUCGUCCGUCGAGCGAAGCUCUCUGGGCGAACUUAGAGAGGCUGUAUGACCGGAGUUUUAUACAGGUGGUAGAGCUAAAAGGAGAGCUUAAAAAGAUGGAAACCGCGCUUAAACAGACGGAAAUCGCGCUUGCUGAUGCUUUGGAGACAUUGGACAAGCAGAGUAAGAUAGUAGAAGCAUACGAGACUAGAGACCGCUCUGUGCGCCUUCCAAUUGAAGCAAGUGCUUGGAAGUACUGCAAAAACUGCGCAAAGGGGUGGCUGGAGGCUCGCAAAUAA